AUCUGUCAGCCCGGCCGAGGGAAAAGGGGGGAAGGAGAAAAAAAAAAAGCAGCUGAAAGGUAAGCAGAGGCGGCCCCAGGCCCGGCCCACAUCCCCGGGCUCCCGUAGGGCGGCGGGCAGGGCCGCGCAGGCAGGGCGGGCGGCGAGCGCGCUUACGUGAGGCCGGGGAUCCGCCGGCCCGCGUCAGGCCCCGGGCAGAGAAUGAAAGGACAAUCUGCUUCAUCUUGAUUCUGCAGCAUUCCAAACUGUGGUAUCCUUGGGGUUCUCUUAACAUUGCUAUGGUGCAGAAGAUUUAAAAUCAGCUGAUGUUCACAAGGAAUAGAGUCACGUGAUGUAUGAAGGGAAACAUAUACACUUCUCUGAGGUUGACAAUAAGCCCUUGUGCUCAUAUAGCCCCAAACUGUGCAAGCAGCGGCGACUCAACGGCUACGCUUUCUGUAUCAGACACGUUCUGGAGGACAAGACUGCCCCCUUCAAGCAAUGUGAAUAUGUGGCCAAAUAUAACAGCCAACGCUGCACCAACCCAAUCCCCAAAUCAGAGGAUCGUAGGUACUGCAACAGCCACUUGCAGGUACUUGGCUUUAUCCCGAAAAAAGAGAGGAAGAAAAAGAAUGAUCCUAUAGAUGAGGUAAAGGUCAGGCACCAGAUGGAUACCAUGGCUUUCAGCCUGACGGUGCCCACGCUGGCCUUGAAGAUGCCCAAUGGACUGGAUGGAAUGUCCCUCUCUCCGCCCGGGGCUAGGGUCCCUCUCCACUACCUGGAAACCGAGUUGGAAGACCCGUUUGCUUUCAACGAGGAAGAUGAUGACCUAAAGAAAGGGGCAACUGUGAGAAAGAAGUUGCAGAGCAAGUUGGCCCAGAAUCGGCAGCGCCAGAGAGAGACCGAGAUUUUAAAAGUUCGACAAGAGCACUUUAGUCCCCCUCCUGCACCUUCACAGCAGCAGCCCCCGCAGCAGCACCCCCACCCGUCACCCUCCCCCACUUCUUUAAAACCUCCGGCGCCGCCGCCACCGCAGGGUUUCGUCUGCAAGUCCCCUCCACCUCCGAACACCAGCCUACCACUGCAGGGAGUGGCCCCCACCACACACACUAUAGCACAAGCAAGGCAGUCGUCUCACAAGAGGCCGCUGCCCCUCCUGCCCUCCGGCAGGGCGCCCGCCUCGGACCCGCCCAGCACUGAUCGGGUCCUUAUGAAAGCCACAGCCUUCUCUCCACACUUCUCCUGCAUCAGCCGACUGCAGAGACUGGUGAGACUGUGCACCCAGAAACAUCAGCUGGACACUGAUCUGUUCCCCCAUCUAGGGUUGGACUGGUCGGAAGAGAGCGGAGAGGAACCGGAGGACUCUGAGCAGGCCUCGCCAUACCAGGUGGCAUGGUCCAUCCGAGAAACCCUCAGAUAUGAAAGACACACGUCAGAUGACGAUGAUACGGAGAGUAGGAGCUCCAGGGUGACCCAACUUUGCACUUACUUUCAGCAGAAAUAUAAGCACCUCUGCCGCCUGGAGCGGGCAGAAUCUCGUCAAAAGAAAUGCCGGCACACGUUUAGGAAAGCCUUGCUGCAGGCGGCCAGCAGAGAACCCGAGUGUACCGGUCAGUUAAUCCAGGAACUGCAGAGAGCUGCGUGCAGCCGAACCAGCAUAAGCCGGACCAAGUUGAGGGAGGUGGAACCAGCAGCAUGCAGUGGAACCGUGAAGGGUGAACAGUGCCCUAACAAAGCCCUUCCAUUCACCAGACAUUGUUUCCAACAUAUCCUCUUGAACCGCUCUCAGCAGCUUUUCUCAAGUUGCACGGCCAAGUUUGCAGACGGACAGCAGUGCUCUGUGCCCGUGUUUGACAUUACACACCAGACCCCUCUGUGUGAAGAACAUGCCAAAAAAAUGGAUAAUUUCUUGAGAGGAGAUAGCUCCCGUAAAGUUCAGCACCAGCAGCAGAGGAAACCCAGGAAAAAAACCAAGCCUCCUGCACUUACCAAAAAACACAAGAAGAAGAGACGGCGUGGACCUCGUCGACCCCAAAAACCCAUUCCCCCUGCAGUCCCCCAAGGGAACCUCAGCAUGCCCACCAGCGUCUCACUGCCAGUGGAGACCACUCAGAUCCGGAGCCCAUCCACGCCGGAGCUGAGUGCUGAUGAAUUGCCGGACGACAUUGCCAAUGAGAUCACUGACAUUCCACAUGACUUGGAAUUGAACCAGGAGGACUUUUCAGACGUCCUGCCACGGCUGCCUGAUGACUUACAAGAUUUUGAUUUUUUUGAAGGAAAGAACGGAGACCUUCUUCCAACUACCGAAGAGGCCGAGGAACUUGAGCGGGCCUUGCAGGCUGUCACUUCUCUUGAGUGCCUGAGUACCAUUGGGGUACUUACCCAGUCAGAUGGUGUGCCAGUCCAGGAGCUGUCAGAGAGAGGAAUAGGGGUGUUCUCCACAGGUACUGGAGCUUCAGGAAUUCAGUCCUUGAGCCGAGAAGUAAACACAGACCUAGGGGAGCUACUGAAUGGGCGCAUAGUACAUGAUAAUUUUUCUAGUCUAGAGCUGGAUGAGAACCUGCUCCGUUCUGCUACCUUGUCUAACCCACCUACACCCCUGGCAGGGCAGAUCCAAGGGCAGUUCUCUGCCCCAGCCAACGUCGGCCUUACUUCUGCCACUCUGAUCAGCCAGAGUGCACUUGGGGAGAGAGCCUUCCCAGGACAGUUUCAUGGACUACAUGAUGGCAGCCAUGCCUCCCAGAGGCCACAUCCUGCCCAGCUGCUGAGCAAGGCAGAUGACCUAAUCACCUCACGACAGCAAUACAGCAGUGAUCAUUCACACUCCUCGCCCCAUGGAAGCCAUUAUGAUAGUGAGCACGUGCCGUCUCCCUACAGUGACCAUAUCACCUCUCCCCACACAACAUCUUACUCUGGUGAUAAUAUGGCAGCUACCUUUUCAGCAGAGAUGCCCAUCAUGGCGCAGCACUUGCUCCCAACCCAACUCGAGGUGCCACUUGGAGGAGUCGUGAACCCCAGAACUCACUGGGGCAAUCUCCCUGUCAACCUUGGAGAUCCCUCUCCAUUUAGCAACCUUCUUGGCGCAGAUGGACAUCUUCUUUCCACUUCCCUAUCCACGCCACCCACCACUUCGAACUCAGAGACCACACAGCCUGCCUUCGCCACCGUGACCCCCAGCAGCUCCAGCGUGCUUCCGGGGUUACCGCAGACCAGCUUCAGUGGCAUGGGGCCUUCUGCUGAACUCAUGGCCUCCACCUCUCCCAAGCAGCAACUCCCUCAGUUCAGCGCAGCCUUCGGCCACCAGCUGAGUUCUCACAGUGGCAUUCCUAAGGACCUGCAGCCCAGCCACAGCUCUAUAGCCCCUCCUACAGGCUUCACGGUAACAGGUGCCACAGCUACAAGUACCAAUAAUGCAUCUUCUCCCUUUACUUCCCCUAACUGAGCGUGUCUGUGUGUUUGCAGGCAGGUGGGGAACCUGGUGUUUUCUAUCUUUGUUUCCUGUUGAUCAUCCCUUUCCCCUUUUCCUAAAGAAGAUUUUAAAAAUAACAGAUGGGGACUAGAGGGGAACUCCUUUUUCCAGUUAAACAAGUAACCCUGCAGUGGACCUCGCUUCAGUGUUCACAUGUGCUCCUUUGCACUGGUGCUCAUUCCCUCCCGGCGGGUUCACUCUUACCCCAGUGGUUUCCUUAGUGGCUCAGCACAGUGACUGGAUAGAAUUGAUUUUUAGCAGCAAGUCCUAGAAGUGGAAGAUACCUCAGAUUACCAGUGCCCUUUACUAUUUCCUAGUAUUCAGAUCAAUGCUUUCCAUUCUAUUACCAGGUCUUUACAGAGGUGGUUCUAGAUAGAAUGGUCCUGUUCAUCGAGUUCCUGUGUAAGAGACAGCAAAUGGUGUGUAGGGACAGAUCAAGGCUCUGACUUAGCACCAACUGCUAAACACCGCACGAGGCCAGGAUUCCAUUCCUAAUUGUGAUCAUGUUCAAUUAAAAAGAAAAACAUUAUUAGUCUUUUGACCGCCUGUGUGAAUGUGUGCGCCCAUGUGUGUGUUUUUGUGCAGGGCAGGAAGCAGCUGUCCCAUGGUUGUUCUUUUUCUUUCUUUCUUUCUGUUUUUUUUUUCUUUCCUAACGAGUAUAAUAAGGCUCUUACUUCUCCUUUCCCACGUCUCACAACCCUAAUAAGGUUGGUCAUCCUUUCCCACCGAAUUAACGAAGUUUCCCAAAUAGAGAGGGUGGUGGUCUGGUGACGUGAAUUGUACAACCCUCUUCCCCUAAGUUAUCCAAGAACACGAGAAGCUGAAUUCAUGUCAGGGCCGUGGGGAUGUCACAAAAAGCAUGGAGUGACUGCAGGGUUGCUGAGAUUCUGAGGUCUGGUGGUUAUUUUGCCUUUUCAGACAGGUGUUUGUUUCUCCAUCCUCUCUCAUGGAAUACAUUCACGAGAUGUAAUUAAAGACCAUAUUUUGAUGUGAAAAGCAGGCUAGGUCAGAUACGUUUGGAAAGAUGGAGUCUCCGAACUCCUUGGUCCAUCUUUUACUUUUGAAUUUUUCAUGUUUACAGUAGUGAUUCUUUGGUAAGAGUUGUAAAAUGUUGAAGACACUUGUAGAAUCAAUGUGCCAGUUGUGAAGUGACGUGUAAUAUCUGAAGGAUACACAUUUUAAAGUUUCUUUCAAAGCAGAAUAUGGAAAUUAGACCUAAAUUUUACCUACCCUGUUGGUACUUUUAAAACAAUUUAAGUACUUAGAUUUAAGCUGCAGAAUUUUUUUUAAAGUACCGAGAUUUUAGGGUUGAAAAUUAUAUUGGGUAGUUUAGUAAGUUGGUGACUAUGGAAAUGAAUAUGUGAGGUUUCUUUUUACCUGCCUUCUCCCCUGCCCCCUUCCCAAGGGUGGAACUAGAUUUUAAAGUCAUCUGUACUCUUCUGCUUUUGCUGAGAAGUUUCACCAUCCCCUGAGAUACCAUUGGCUAUUUAUACCUGAGUCUAGUCUAAUUUACAUAUAUAUAUUUUAAAAGAUGAGUAGAGAGAACAUAUCUAUUAAUGAUGUGAUAUAAUAAUUCAUUGGUCAGGGAAUAUUUGAUCUGAAUUCCUUUUCAAUAGGUAAAGAUUUGGAUGUAUUUUCCUACUUCCUAUAUGUAUUCUCUUUAUGCCAUGCUAAUUCUAACCAGUUCCCUUCUUUUGAAAGCUUUUCUUUCUCUGCUUUUUAAAGGAAUGAUGGUGAUCAGCAGGCAUUAUGCAGAUGCCAUGCGCCUGAGGUUAUGGAGGGGAAAUGUCCCAUGACUGUAUGAAAUCAUUAUAUGCCCUAUUUUGUAUUUAUUGAAGUUUCUUUUUUGUGGGCCAAAAAUAUGUUUGUAAUAUAUUUAGUUUUUUUUUAAUCAUGAUAAUUGAUUGGAAGAUUUAUUUUUUAAUAGCUUUGCCUUUUUUGCAGAUUGAGAAAUUUCUAAAUUAUAAAUUAUGUCACAAAGCAAAAUUAUAUUUGGUAUCACCAUAAAUUUCUAUUCUGAACGGUGAGAGCAGAUAAUUUGAAUAUUUCUCACCUGUGAACCUAUGUUAGUAAGCUUUUUUAUUUUAAUGUACUGUAAUGAAAUGAUGAUGAGUAGUUACCUCUGCUCAGAAGUGUCAUUUAGUUUGCUCCAGUCGUUUCGCCUCCCAUUCUAAUCCUCGCCGGAUAACUGUCCAUUCCCAGCAAUUUGGUCUAGUCUCCAUCGUGUACUAAUCCAAGGUUGUACCAGAGCAGGACACUAUCUUAUCGGCCCCCUUCUUUGACAGCAAAUGGAAAGUCAUGGGGAGUCGGUUUGAACUUUUCUGGCUAUUUGUCCCUCGUGGUAGCUGCUUAAAAUUCUUCAGUUAUCAAAACUGAGUUUGCAGUAAGUUGCACAUUUUAUUGUUCGCAAUUUUCUGUUUUGUGUGCAUUUAAAAGCCCUUUCCUGCUUUCUAAUAAGGAGGCACGAAAUGAUCAGGAAUGUUGCCAGUUACAGCUUCACACCAAAAACUUUUGAGUAAAUUCAUUUUUGUUUAGACGCCCACAGUGAUAGCUGAAGAAAGGGCACCCGUAGAAAGUACCAGUGUAGGUUUGAGGAAUUAGCAAAAAACAAAUUUGUCCUCUCAUUUCAUCUACUGCAAAACAAAUAUCCAAGCUUGCAAUUUGCUUUGCCUUUGCGGUUUCUUGCAAGUCCCUUUUUGGAAGACAGAAGAACAUCUGUGAACCCAGAGACACCUGUUAACGUUUUUCUUUUAGCUGAUAUAGAGCAAUUCUCGUCUAUCAGUAGUAGGUUUGCUGUUAAUGUGUAGAGGAAGGAAUGAAUUGUCUUUUCCUCCAGAAACAGGAAAAUUAGUGUCUUUUAAAUAGCACUUACACUAUACUAUAAUAAGGCAAUACUGGAAUCAAAAACAGAUUGUAUGUAAGGUCCUAAUUAGGUGGAAGCUAGCUUUUUAUUCUAGGGUGAAACUCAUCAGAAAUAGUGGCAGAGAAGGGUCACUCUAUUUCUGCAGUUCUUUGGGACCAUUUAUAAAGGCCAGUUAGAUUGUGUUAAUGUGAUUUAAUUUACAGAGUUGCUGCAGUUAAUGGAUACAUUCUGUGCUCUGAGAAUCUGAAGUCCAUUCUAACGAAUGAUACUCACUGGCUGUGAUCUAUAGCAUCCGAAGAAAAGAUGUGUUUUCUCUCCUUUACUCUCUCUACAUAAUUGUUAAUAUUAUUUUAAUUAAAGUACUUAAGACAUUGUUUUUUUCUCUGUAAAAAUGGCUUAGUAAUUUGCACAUCUGCGUAGGUUAUGUAGCUAGUAACAAUUCACAAUAGUAAAUAGCAAUUACACUUAACCCACCAAAUGACAGACUAUGCAAUGGAAAAAUUUUGUAAUUAUCGUCACAAAGCUUAUAUGGUGAAGGAUUUUUUUUUUUUUUUCCCUCUAGUAACCUACCACGUGAGAUAGAACUGCUUUAUAAGUGACUUCCUGAGCAAUUUCAUGCUGGCAGGCAGUGCGGUGUGUCUAGUGUCCCUCCAUGAAAAGAUUAUAAUUUCAUAAGAAGCAAAUAGUAGGUAUGGAGAUAAAGUUGGAAGAUGUGUUUCUUUGUUUUCUUUUCCUUAAGAUUGUAGUUACUGUCUUGAGUGGUGUCAGGCUAAAGAAAGCUAAUCCUUUAUCUUUGCCAAAUAAUUAUUUAUAAGAUUUAUUUCUUCAAUAAGCCCAUUUAUUUCUUCGAUAAGCCCAAUGUCUCAACUGCGAGCUAAGCCUCCUUACUUUCUGUGACUAACACUAAAAGCUAUUCCUUAUCAGAGCUCGUUCUCAGGCCACCAUCGCAACCCAGAGGCAAAGACAGUGCUUUGAUUUGGAAGGAAACGGUGUCUGUGAUAUGUGCCCGAUCUGUAAGCUUUCUUCUUAGGUGAAAGAAUUUCUGUUUCUGUUGACCAAUAUACCAUUCAGUUUUUUGUGUUUUAAGUAGGCUCCACACCCAACAUGGGGCUCGAACUCACAACCCUGAGAACACAAGUCGCAUAUUCUACCGACUGAGCCAACCAAGCACACCCCCUUCCAUUCAGUUCGUUGUAACUUGCGCCCUUACGUUUGUCGUCCUCCCUGCCCCCGUGCGAGGGGUUCUGGGGCUGUGUCAGCAGUGUUUGAGGCGGUCGCCCUUUCUCCGAGUUAGUUCAGUAGGUUGUUGUGGACUGGUAUUGCAAAAAGAUGAAGAUAUUGAUAACACUAAACUAAUUAUUUAAUCAGUUUCGACUGCAUUUGAAAAAUUUUUUUUAGGUAGCUAGUUUUCAGGUUCUUCAACCUCUUUCUUUUUAGCCUUUUAACACUCUACUAAGUUGUGUUUUUAAUCUGUUUUAUGUGGAAUAAUCUGAUCCAGUGGUCUUCUAAAUGGUCAACAGAACUCUGCAGUUGAAUGAGGCAGUUUAAAGGAUUCCUUAAAAGAAAAUGUAGUCAUACUGAACAGUCUUCAUCUGUAUCUUUUAAACCUACACUAACACCUACCACUCCAAGGAUUUUUUUUCCCGAUGAGAAAUACAUUUCUUGGUGAGGUGGGAGGUAGAAGUAUACAUGUGAUAGAACAUCGAUUUUUUUUCCCCCCCUCUCGCAAUACAUUGAAAAUACAGACUCUUCACUGGCAUUCUAUAGAAAGGUAAAACAGUUUAAUGACUUCUUAAUAUCUUGAGCCUUAUAAGCGUUCCAGUAUCAUACCCUGGAGGGAACAAGAAUCCAUGUUUAGUAGAUUAAAGUAACAUUUUAAAUGCUAUCUUUCAAAAAAUUUGACAUAAAAUACCAGUGAAGAACAUAUUUGGGUAUCUGUUAAGCAUUUCCCCCUGACUAGUGAGUUAGGAAAGAAAACCUAAAACACAAGUGAAUAAUUCUGUCUCCUAGUAGCCAGUGUCAUUAAUGCAAAAAUUGCGGGGCCGACUUAGCCUCAUUUCUCAAUAGCAAAAAUUCUCGUUCCCUUCACCUCUGAUUUCUGUCAGCUUUCCCCUCUCUGCACUGUGAUCAACAGAGCCAAUAAAGGACACGUGGCAUUUCGGAGAGAGAGCAAAUUUGGUGUGACUUUCUUGACCAUAAACUAGGUUCCCAAGUCUUGGGGAUGUCUGACUACUUUGAGUGGCGGAGUUUUUUGGUGAUCUAAAGUUGAGUCUGAAAAAGAAUGUUGCAAGAGAAAAGCUUUCUAACUCUUGGUAAGCUCUGUAGGGCAGCCCAGCUUUCCUCCCCUCUUCCCUCCUGCCUGCCUGCCUCCGCCUGCCCCCGGUUCUCAAGUAUGCACACGUACAGCCUGAUCUGUCCUGAUCGUGGCCUGAGAGUACUAGAAGCUGCCUCUUGCACUUGUUCGUUUGUUCUUACUUGUGUGUUUAAGCUGGGACCACUGAAGUAAGCUCUAGAUGCACCCAAAGUUCCCCUUGGAAAAAAUGUCAGUAUGCAGUGCGGAAGGUUCCAGUGCAGCUAGACGCCACACCAUUGCUUUUGCUCGGGGACUAGACUGAUUUGCCCUGAAAGGACUCCACCCUGCCUGGUUCGGGCCCAGUGGGCUCCAGCAGAUUAGCGUGGAAGUGACAGGAAAUCUGGUGCUUGGAACAUUGUCUUCAUCUGCUCAGAAGGGUUGGAAUCAGUUCCUCGGCACAGUGAUCGUUCUUUUCGCUGUACAGUGUUGAGUAUGUCUCAGGGAUUCCUUGUGGAAAUUAGGGCAGUUUUUAAAAUAAGAAAAUAGUUUUAAAAGAAACUAAAGGUGACUCACCAUUGAAGAGAGCGCAAGAAAGAGAAAACAUUUGCUUUCAUAGCCCGCCGUGUCUUGCGUAGGACUCUUCCUUUUCUCCUGCAGGCUCUCCUCCGCUUCAGCAAACAGUCCUUUCCCACCACGCACAGCUUUAAAAGUUUUAUUUAAAAAUUUCCUUCCCCGAUGAGCUUUCAGAAUACUUAUUGUAGAUUUUAAGAGAAAAGGUAUAUUAAUUUAUACUAUUAACAUCACCUCAUAAAUUAUAAGUUUUAUACUAAAGCUGUAUUGAGUGUAAUGAAUUAUGUUGCCUAUGUGUUUUAAUAGCUUAAAAAAUUAUAUAUGAGCUUUUUUUUUUUUUUUUUUUUUUUUUUUUGACAAAACAAACUAGUGAAGCACCUUUUUACACUGGAUCUCUGCCGUGUCAAGGUGUAUAGCUAUCCUUUGCUACCUUGCAGAUAUAUAAAAUAAAAGGAUAUCCUGGGGCCUCAAAACGUAGAACACCUUUAGACCAUUUAUUACUGCUCAUAGAACUGUUGGGCGUCGUGUUUCUUUAGUAACUGAUCUGUGGUUUACACUUCAGAUGGCUAGAAGCUUAGUUACAGGGUAAAUAGAAAUACAUAGAUCAAGCAAAGCUCCCAACUACUGUAGCUGGAAUUUGUAAACUUAAGUUUUUAAGACCUCCUUUAUUUCCUAUGGAUUUAUUCUUUAAUUUACAGUUUAUUCUGUAAGUUGGGAAGUAAAAUAGAGAAAAUAAUAAGUCUAGAUGUUCUCAGUGUCUUAUUCAGGAACUUUUUAUCCCUCCUCACUAAGGAAUUCCCACUGUGACUUAAAAAUAGAAUUAAAUUACUCGUGUGCAUGUCUCUGUCUGUGUUUUUACGCACAUGCAAAAAUAUACAUUGGGGGGGCACGUGUGUGGGAGAGGUGAAUGUGUGCUUAGGUGAAAAUAGAGGAAGGUAACAGAAUGUAUUGUAGAAAUAUGACUAUUUAGAGGGGGCUAUCAGAGUUAUUUUCUCUUUGUCUCCGUAGUAUAAAUACACCAAAUUCUUCAUUAUGCUAUCUUAUGUUAAAAGGCUAUCUCUGAUAUCAUGUGCAUUUUCUUUUAACUUUUGAUUAACUUAUAUAUUACGCUAUGUUUUUAAAAUGACGUGAGAAACAGCAGGUUCUAAGACCAGCCUCUCACCUUUGAGCAUAAAAAUUAGAGAGAGAGAGAAAGAGAGAGAGAGAGAGAGAGAGAGAGAGAUGCAAACCCAGACGUGAGCUGUGUUUAUCUACUGGGGUGAUGGGACCAGAUCCGUUGAACCUUUCUUUAUGUUAAUAAUAGAUCUCUUCAUAUUCUGAGUUAGAAAAUCUUGAACAUCUUUUCUUGGUAAAGUUAAGGAAAGUAUAGGCUCUUUUUAAAGAAUGCCAUUUUUUGAAGGGACUGCUUUGUUGAAAGAGUUGGUGGGAUCAUUUCACCAUGCAUAUUUCAAAGCUGGGAUGAUUUUAGUUAUCUCCAAAAAUCAAAAAAAAAAAAUUUUUUUUAACUCAUUUGUGCUCUUACUUAGGAAGUGAGUGUGCCCCCGGCCCCCGUAUUUUGGUUACAGGAAAAAUUAUGCUACCCUUGACUUUUACCUGAUUCAUAGGGAAUUUAAAAAAGAUACAUUCCUAUAGUUUGAGUUUUGUCAUUUUGCCAUACAUUAAUUACUGGAGUAUCUGGUGGUCUCAGAUAGCCCAAACUAGAGUUGUUAUUAAGUGCUCCAAUCACAUUUAUAUUUAAUAUUAAAAAAAAAUCAUGUACUUUGAAAUAUGUCAAAACAACUCCUGAUACUACACCUGAAUUUGUAGUUCUCUUUGAAGCCUCAUUCAUCUUAGGUAUAGUCAAGACCUAGGAGAGCUUUACAUGUCGUUCCUUUUAUAGUUGUAUUUCUGCAUCUCCCAGUUUCAUUCACUCUUGCUUUAUGGAUU